AUGAGCGAAGCCAAGAAAGGCGAGCUGGCCAUCCGAGAUAAAGCGAUCCUGCAUCAGCAGCGCCGGCUCAAGCAGGCCACUCAGUUUACGCACAAGGACUCGGCUGACCUGCUGCCCCUGGACGGACUCAAGAGACUGGGGACGUCCAAAGACCUGCAACCCCACAGCGUGGUGCAGCGCCGCCUCCUGGAGGGCAACAUCACGCGGCUACGCGGCCAGGCCCGAGAUUCGGCCGCGCGCGUUCGCUCGCCGCUGGCCGACGACGGCGGUAAGGACGAGAAGGAGGACGGCGCCGACGAUUCCCCGGACGAGGGAGGUCGAUCGGACGACGGCGUGGAAACGACGGCCCUGACGGCGCUGCUCGUUCACUGCAAGUGCUGUGACAGUGAGGUGAAGGUGUCUUUAAAUACCAGCAGAGUGCAAAAUCACAUCUCCACAUCUUGUUGUCAAAGGCUCGGCCUCUCGGCGAGCGGUCGGGACAAAAGCGGCUUGGUGAGCGGUCUCGAGAUUCAGUUGGGUUCCAAGUCCGUCCAGUGCGCUGCUUUGAUCCAAGAGGACGAGACGUGCGAGCUGAGCCUAGGUUUGCACACGCUGCUCCAACUCAGAUGCUGUCUGGACCUGAACCGCCGUGUACUGACGCUAGGUGGCGCCGAGGAACUACCCUUCCUGCCCGACGAAAAAUCCGGCGGCGACAAGAAGGCCUGA